UUGCCAUCCAUCUCCUUCAAUACAGAGCAAACAACAACAAAAUAUGGCUACAGAAGGAAAUAACCCCAUCAACAUGAACUCAAUGUCUUCGAGUCUUCAGAGAACCGGCCAAUGGGUUUUUUCUCAAGAUAUUCCGACAGAUGUUAUAGUUGAAGUCGGAGAAGCUAAUUUCUCUCUUCAUAAGUUCAUGUUAGUUGCGAAGAGUAACUACAUAAGGAAGCUAAUAAUGGAAUCAAAAGACAGCGACGUGACGAGAAUAGAUCUCUCGGAUAUUCCCGGAGGUCCUGAGAUAUUCGAGAAAGCUGCUAAGUUCUGUUACGGUGUUAACUUUGAGAUCACCGUCCAGAACGUGGCGGCUCUUCAUUGCGCCGCUGAGUUUCUACAGAUGACCGACAAGUAUUGCGACAACAACCUUGCUGGUCGGACACAAGACUUCCUCUCUCAGGUCGCUCUCUCUAGUCUCUCUGGAGCCAUUGUUGUCCUUAAGUCUUGUGAGAUUCUCCUUCCUAUUUCUCGUGAUCUCGGUAUUGUCCGCCGCUGUGUUGACGUCGUCGGUGCUAAGGCUUGCAAUGAAGCAAUGUUUCCAUGUCGAACACCACCGAACUGGUGGACAGAGGAGCUUUGUAUCUUAGACGUUGCCUUCUUCGCCGACGUUGUAGCUUCAAUGAAACAGAGAGGAGUCAAACCAUCCUCCCUAGCCUCUGCGAUCAUCACCUACACAGAGAAAUCCUUAAGAGAUCUUGUAAGAGACCACUCCGGAAGAGGAGUCAAGUUUUCCGAUACCGGGGAUAAUGAAUCCGACGAGAGAUCACAACAGAGAGAUCUUGUUGAAUCAAUUGUCUCACUCUUACCUUCAGAUAAAGGACUCUUCCCCAUAAAUUUCCUCUGUUCACUCCUACGUUGUGCCGUCUUCUUGGACACUUCCUUGACCUGCAAGAAUGAGCUGGAGAAACGAAUCUCAGUCGUACUCGAGCACGUCUCCGUCGAUGAUCUCUUGAUCCCUUCUUUUACCUACGACGGAGAACGGUUACUUGAUCUCGACAGUGUCAGAAGAAUCAUCUCUAGCUUCGUGGAAAAGGAGAAAAACGUUGGUGUUUUCAACGGCGGAGACUUCAACAGAGGACUCUGCUCUGUUUCACUUCAGAGAGUUUCUAAAACAGUUGAUUCUUACUUAGCAGAGAUCGCUACUUACGGAGAGCUAACGAUCUCCAAAUUCAACGCGAUAGCGAACCUUGUCCCUAAGUCCGCUAGAAAAUCAGACGACGAUCUCUACAGAGCUAUAGACAUAUUCUUGAAAGCUCAUCCGAAUCUUGACGAGAUCGAAAGAGAGAAAGUGUGUAGCUCAAUGGAUCCUUUAAAGCUUUCUUACGACGCACGUCUCCACGCUUCACAGAACAAGAGAUUACCAGUAAACAUAGUUCUUCACGCACUUUACUACGACCAGUUAAAGCUAAGAAGCGGAGUCGAAGACCAGGAAGAAAGAGCAGUGGUUGUUCUCCCGGAAGCUUUAAAGACACGUAGCCAACUUCAAGCUGAUACUACGUUAGCUAAAGAGAAUGAAGCUUUGAGAAGUGAGCUGAUGAAGAUGAAGAUGUAUGUUUCGGAUAUGCAGAAGAACAAGAACGGUGCAGGAGCUUCUUCUUCGAACUCGUCGUCGUUGGUGAGUAAUAAGAAGAGCAAGAAUACUUUUUUCUCUUCUGUUUCGAAGAAGCUUGGGAAGUUGAAUCCGUUCAAACAUGGGUCUAAGGAUACUUCGAACAUCGAUGAAGAUCUUGCAGGUGUUGAUAUUACUAAGCCAAGGAGACGAAGAUUCUCAAUCUCUUAAUGAACACGUCAAGAGUACUUCUGCGUUUUGGUCUGUGUAGUGUGUGUGUUGUGUAUAAACCUUUAGUGUAGUGUGCUUUUUUUUGUUUGUUUCAUCCUUCUUGAUGCGUGAUUUUUUUUGUUUUUAUUGGUGUGUGUUUAACUCUUUAUUGUUUGAUGAGUUUGGAAAAUAAAAAGAAAAUCGAAACCA